CAGGAAUACUCUUAGAUGGUGUCAAAAUUUAGUUUAUAAAUAAUAUAAUUAUAUUCAGGCAAAACUCAAAUUAUAAUAUUAAAUUUAAGUUUUGCCCAGUCAAAACUAAAAUUUGAGUUUUGCCUAGGCAAAUUUGCCUGAAUUUGAGUUUUGCCUACAACAUAUAUACGAAGAAGAUGAUACUCGUUGUAAUUUCCUAUAUUUCUCUGUCUUCUAAAUGAACUAAAACUAUACAAUAUCUAUCCGUACAAACGCAAGACAAUUUAUCAAAUAAAUCAGCCUAUAGACAUAUCGUAAUAUUACGCGCAGAGCACUAUCUUCUUCGUAUAUAUACUUAUGACAUUCGAUAAAAUAUAAAACUUGUCUUUUCGCAUUUAUUGUUUCGAAAGAUAUUUCUUGCACAUAGAAUAUGAAUAUGCAGAAAUAAAAUCAACCGAAACGAAACUGGAUCAAGAGAAAGAAACAUACAAACGUCAUCUUUGAUGUACUUGGAUUAAAGUGUAAAAAGAAAUGAUUUAUCAAUAUAAGAAAUAAAAUCGUUAAAUAAAAAUUUCUACAAUAAAGAUUAAACAAUCUCGUUAAUGUGAUAGAGAAAUAACGACUGAUCGGAAUAGUAAUGGAAUAGGGAAAUACAGUAAUGAUGAAUCGUUAUUACUGUAUUUUAUUUUCAUUGAUGAUCACCUGACCGGAAUUUAUUUUGAUGCGCUCACUUAGACGCUGAACCCCUUCUGCUUCUCACGUGAACAUUAAAUCAUCUUUCUCAGCGUCUUUUCUCUUCGGUUCGAUUUUAUUCGAGUAUAUACCUCGAGUAAAUAUCCGUGUCUAUUUACAUAGACACGGAUAUUUUUUUGUCAAGACUUUAACAAAUCAUCAGUUCAGUAUGACGAAAUAAAAUAGCAAUAAUCAAAGGGUAGCUAUUUCUAUUCAUACUACACAUAAGUCUGACAAUAGAUUUCCUUUAAAAUAGCUUUGUCUUUUGAGAUAUUGAGCGUUGAACUCAUAAGUAAUUUACGCGAUGGGCUUUCCGAAGAGACCAUCAACAGCAUUUCGGAUAUGUCGGAUAUGGAUCACAAAAGUUCAAGGUGCUGAUGUAACGACGUUGCCUACUACGAAAAGGAGUUAACAAUCUACUUUUUAUGUUCCGCGAGAGCAUACAAAUGAUUUCUAUACAAGUAAUUGUAGCGUUUUUUAUAUCUGUACUAUUUUGAACAAGUAUACUGAACUGAAGUAAUAGCAGUGCUUGAUACAAGCUUAGAUGGAUAUUCUUUGCCUCUUUCUGUUCGUUCACACGAUAAAAUACGAAAAAGAGAAAAUGGGAAGAAAAACAUAUAUUGAGAGCGAAAAAAAAGAGAGAAAGCAAUAAAAGGCGUUAAUUUUCACGUAAAACCAGUUUCUGUUAGUAACAGAAUCUGAUUGUGACAGAUGACCUGAAUUUCUACGUCGCAAAGUUGGUUUGAGUUCCCACCACAUUUUAGCCUCUCCCAUACCUUCAACAAUCGUAAACCCUGCUCUCGAGGAACAUGGAGGCUUAAUGACAUGACUGCAUCUCAAAACUGUUUCCACUUUCAUAUGCUGUUUUCAACUUUCUUUAGGCUCGGAUCAAUACCAAAUUACAAAUACAUCAAAUCCAAUAUCAGCAAACACCACAUCUGAUGAUGAUGAUGAUGAUGAUUUUCGUUUUAAUAAUUUUUUCGAUGACGAUCAUUUUUUUCGUGAUCUUGUUCGUCGUUAUGAUCGUGAAGGUAAUUAUGAUGGGUGA